UCCUAUUUACGGAGCUGAAUAUGUGCAGAACUUAAAGCGCAGCAGACCAUCUGUAUUUGAUGAGACCGUGGACCAAGACCAGGCCCCCAAGAAGAAAAAGAAGAAGAAGUCUAAAAAGCAGGAUGAAUAGAUUUUUUUAUACUUUCAGACAAAAUGGUUCAAAUCUCAGGUUCAGAUCUGGCGCAGUUGGAGCCGAAGCUUCAUAAGAUAUUCAAGAGUCAACUCGGGUUCUUCGAGGAGGAGAUGCUCUCCAACACACUCAGUAUGAUCUAUCAGGGAGUAGGUAAAGAGGAGCUGGAGAAUCAACUCUCCGACAUGCUGGACGUGAAGAAGGCGGCCAAGUUGGCCGAUGAGAUUUGGAGUUUUAUGGAGGAGUAUAGUCUGAUCAAAGAGGAAUCUGGGGAGGGGACAAUCCUCGGUAAACGGUCUAGAGAAAGAACACAGGAGGAAGAUGACUAUACAGAGAGUAAUAAGAGGAAGAAAUAUACAGAAAAGUAUGACAGGGCAGCAGCUUAUGAUAAAGCAUCCCUUGAUAGGAUCCAGAAACCCCCAGAGAAGAAGGUGAAGAGUGAAAAUGUGGAGGACGAGAGUAUCCCAGAGAGCAACAUCAAGGAGGAGGUGAUCCCACCCUCCCCUGCUCAGAUCCAGGAGAUGUUGAAGAAAACUCAACAAAUGAUCGAGGAAAGGAAAAAGAAGCUGAAUGUUAAAGUUGAAACCUCGAAAUCUGCUCAAAUUGCAGCUCUUCAGGCUUCUAUUGCAGCUAAGCUUAAUAAGGUUGUCAUACCAAAAGUUGAACUUCCCUCCAAACCUGUUCCUCUUAUCAUUGACGACAGCGGUAGAACAGUUGAUUCUACAGGUCAGCAGAUUCUCCUAAGCGCCCAUGUUCCAUCCCUGAAAGCUAAUCUGAGAGCACAGGAGAAAAAAGUGGAAUAUGUUAAGCAAGAGAGAGUUGAACCUAAACCUGAACCCGAGGAGUCCAGCUUCCAGGAUCCAAGAAUAGGGCAACGAGGAGCUAUGAGGUAUAAGAGAGUGAUGGAGUUCCAUGAAGCUGGAAAGUUCCAAGCUGAAGCUCAGAGGAUGAGAAUGAAAGCUCAGCUAGAGAAACUACAGUCAGAGAUCAGUAGCAUUGCCAGAAAGACUGGAAUUAGUUCCGCGACCCAGUUGGCUAAACUGGUUCCUAAGGGAACUAUGUCGGAGAAGGAACCGGAUAUUGAAUGGUGGGAUCAGCUGGUUCUAGGUUCUAACAACUAUGAUGACUGGAAACUAAGAGAGGGUGCUAUAUCUAAUCUUAUUGAACAUCCUAUUCAGUUGCAACCGCUGGAGAGCACGAAAUCGGUGAGCGUCCCUAUGUUCUUGACGAAGAAGGAGCAGAAGAAGAUGAGAAGACAGAACAGGAGGGAAGCUUGGAAGGAGAAGCAGGACAAGAUCAGGCUGGGGCUUGUUCUGCCUGAUGAACCUAAGGUUAAGAUGUCGAAUUUAAUGCGCGUGCUUGGAAACGAACAGAUAAUGGAUCCUACUAAAAUUGAGGCGCAUGUCCGCGCUCAAAUGGCCAAGCGUAAGGCUGAGCAUGAACAAGCUAAUGCUGAGCGUAAGUUAACCCCUGGACAAAAGAAGGAGAAGAAUUUAAGAAAACUGAAGGAGGAUACAACCGCAGGAGUUUCUGUUACUGUAUACAGGCUGAAGAAUCUGAUGAAUCCGUCGAAAAAAUGGAAACUGGAGAAAAAUGCCCAGCAGCUCUUCAUGACAGGAACAGUAGUUCUAUAUCAG